CAUUUCGAUCGAAGACCGAAAAAAGAAAAACAUCAUUCACCAUUCAACUGUCGGUGUGCUUCGACGACAUUUUUAUUUUCACGGUUUUCCACAUAGACAAAAAAAAGAGCAAAAGAAGUUAGUAUUAACAGAUUAGUGUGUAUAAUCGAUCAAAAGCACAAGUGAAAUUGAACACGAAACGCCAACAACAUGAACUUGAGAUUUUGUUCGCAUUGAAACAAAUUUUUUUUAAAAAAAGAAACUUUUUUAAUUUUAUAGUAAAGCAAAUAUUGUUUUAAAAUUUAUUUUCAUCGGUUCGACAAGAACGUAUCCGAAUAAUUUCCUAAUUUUGUUAGAAAAGUGCGAUUUUGAUUAAUAAAAAAAAAAAUAUUUUUGAUUGAUAAAGUGUUCGCGAGAUAUAUAUCGAUAAACCACGGAUAGAUUGAAAAGACUCCAACAAUUUAUAAAAACAGAAAACAACGUGCAUAUUCAUUAAAAUUCAUCGAUCUGUGCAAUGCAAUUGUUAUGGUUGUGCCUAUUCGGGCUGAUUUGUGGGACUGAUACUGUAUUUUCAUCACCGAGAAGUGAUAUAUUUACCAGUUCAUUUCUUGUACGAUUUCGGCGUAACGUUGAUAACGACGAGGCACAUCAACUAGCCACACGGAAUGGAUUCGAAAAUCUAGGACCUCUUCCCGGCAGCUCUGGUAAAGAAUUUCACUUUAAGCACAGAUCACUGCCACACGCAAGAUCACGGCGAAGUAUAGCUCAUACAAGAGUAUUAAAACGCGAACCAUUGAUACACACAGCAAUUCAGCAGCCAGGGUUCGUGAGAGUGAAAAGAGGACUUCGACCAGCCAUACCACCUGUGAAUGUGUUACCAAACACAAAAAAAGAUGAAGAACUGUUAGCCAUGAACAAUGAACCAACGGAUCCAUACUUUCCACUACAAUGGUAUCUGAGGAAUACGGGCCAAAAUGGCGGUAAAAUACGACUUGAUUUAAAUGUGCAGGCCGCAUGGGAUCAAGGAAUUACUGGGAAAAAUGUUACGACAGCUAUUAUGGAUGAUGGUGUUGAUUACAUGCAUCCAGAUCUGAAGUAUAAUUACGUAAGUUUAAAUGCACAGUAUUUUACGGCAUGGUUAAAAUUCAAUCAUUUAUUCGGUUUCGGUGUUCUGGAUGCUGGUGCAAUGGUUACACUAGCCAAACAAUGGCGAACUGUUCCGCCCAGAUAUCAUUGUGAAGCUGGAGCUGUAUUACAAGAACAACAAAUUCCAACAUCAAAUUCUCUUCUACUGCAAAUUGACACAAACGCUUGCAAAGGUACCGACACCGAAGUAAACUAUCUGGAGCAUGUACAGGCCGUUAUCUCGGCCAAUUCAACGCGUCGUGGUGAUUUGGAACUAUUUUUGACAUCGCCAAUGGGCACUCGAUCGAUGAUAUUGAGUCGUCGAGCUAACGAUGACGAUCACAGAGAUGGCUUUACAAAAUGGCCGUUUAUGGCUACGCACACAUGGGGCGAAUAUCCGCAAGGAACUUGGACAUUAGAAGUGAAAUUUAACUCACAACAACCCAGAUCCGGAUGGCUUAAAGAAUGGUCUUUAGUUUUGCAUGGUACAAAAGAGCCCCCAUACAGGUCCCUGUCGCCAGCAUCGCCGCAUUCAAAGUUAGCAAUUGUAAAAAAGGCUCACGAAGACAGAAAAAUGAUGUAAAUUUGAAAAUCUAUGCAAAAACUGGGCUGUGUACACUGUUCUUAUUUCAACCUUUUUUGUUUUGUUUUCAAAUUUUGUCAAAGAAAAGAAAAGUAAAAAAAUUGUUUGCUGAAGAUGAAACGCUAGUCUACUGGAUACGAGUGAAUUUAAAUGAAAAGUCGGUAAGCAUUUUCCAGCCAAAAACAGAACUUCAAUCUUUCAAUGAAAUGCUCUCCCAUUGCUUUUUGUUUAAAUUUUUUUCACAAAUUGCUGUGAAAAGACUAUUGUUUGGUCUCAAAACCGAAAUGUGUUAAGUUUUGUAAAUGUAUGGGCACACAUCUAUCAGCAGUUCAAUAUUGUAACUGGGAUAACUCUUACCAGCUAAAUAAAAGAGGGCAAACGCAAUGAAAACGUUGCAAACUCUCAUUAACCAAACGUUUCAUUUUGGAUAGAUUAGUUGUCGCUGACGCGUCCAGUGGACAAUCUAUCGAUAAAAGUUCUCACUCGCCGGUCGAGAUUUAUUAAUACAUUUCAUUGUUUUUGUUUGUUGUUCGGUCUGAGCUUGAUUGAAUCGUUUGACCGAAUAGCAGAGAUUUUGAACGGAAAUUUUGGCCUGGUAAAUUGGAAUUUCAUUUGAGAGAGAUUAUCGAAUGUAAACUGGCAGUUUCAGGUUGAAUAUAUGCGCGAAUAGAAUUCGCAAUCUGUCGACAAAUCUAACUGAAACGGGGACAUGCUCUGUUUUAUUUAGCUAAGUUCAAUUUCGAUGUAAACUCUUUACAUUCUUUAAAUUACAAAAAAUAAAAAAUAAAAAUUGUUGGACGGCAUUCAAUGUUGUCAUUUCUCUGAUUUUACGAAACAAAAAAUAUGCUUGUGUAAUUCACUAUAUUCGUAUAUAUUGUGAUAAAUAUCGUUUUUACAUCAUAUAUCCCUCACUCCCCCCCACUUAUCAUUAAACUUUUUAUUCCCAUAAUUUCCCAUGAGAAAACUUAACGAAAAGUAAAUGAAAAAAAAAUCUAUUUUAAUAAUAAAAGUGUUUCCAAAAUGCACGUUUAAAA